AUGGGGCAUCUCGUGCGGCUUGUUGUUGGUGACUGGCAAAGACUCGCCCAAGAGACAUGGAAAUUCGACAUUGACAACACACAAGUAAAAUACGAUGUUGUGCUGCGAGAGAACGAAACUUACAACGACUUGGUGGAGAUGGUGAGGGGUAAGUAUCAUGUACUCCCUUCUGAAGUCGUUGCCCUGACCUACGACUUCCCUGACUGGAGGAAAAUUCCUGGAGACUACACCACACCACCUGUGGACAUACUGGAAGACGGGGAUGUGGAGCUCUUCAUGGCAGUGAGGAUGGAUUUCGUGAACUUGGCGAUAUGUGUGGCCUACGGUAACGAAGAUGUUGACUGCUACAAGAUAAUGCGUAGGGAGUAG